UGCCGGCGGUGCGGAAGCGGCGCUGCGGCCCGCUCUCCCACGUGUCCGCGGCGCAGCGGCAAGGCAGGGGCCGGCGCCGGGCUCCUGGCACCGCGCAUGGGGCUCCUUAAAGGCGCAGGUAGCAUGAUGGCUGAGAACCCGUCAGUGAGCCUUGGCAGGGGCAUCACACCCUUACAGCAGAUGCUGGCGUCUGGGACUGGGGCCCUCCUCACAUCUCUCUUUGUGACCCCCCUGGACGUGGUGAAGAUCCGAUUGCAAGCCCAAAGGACACCCUUCUCCAAAGUGUUGUCAGUAGAGUCUGGGCCAUGGAGUGUUCACCAGUCCAAAUGGAAAUGCUUCCUUUACUGCAAUGGGCUCAUGGACCAUCUCUACGUGUGCCAGAAUGGUAACAGCUGCAUGGCCUGGUACAAGGCCCCCACCCGCUUCACUGGCACCCUGGAUGCCUUUGUGAAGAUCACACGCUACGAGGGCAUCAGGUCUUUAUGGAGUGGCCUGCCUCCCACGCUGGUGAUGGCAGUACCUGCCACUGUGAUCUACUUCACCACCUAUGACCAGCUGCGGGAUUACCUGCACUCCCUGAUGGGCAACCAGGGGCACCACAUUCCUCUGGUGGCUGGCGCUCUUUCCAGGCUGGGCGCUGUGACGGUGAUCAGCCCCUUGGAGCUGAUUCGGACCAAGAUGCAGUCCCGACAGCUGAGUUACCGUGAGCUGUGCAUCUGUAUCCAGUCAGCAGUUGCCCAGGAUGGCUGGCUGUCUCUCUGGAGAGGCUGGGGGCCUACAGUCUUGCGGGAUGUUCCUUUCUCAGCUCUCUACUGGUUUAACUAUGAGCUGGUGAAGGAAUGGCUCUGCAACCGGUCCCAACUUGACAAAGCCACUUUCAUGAUCAGCUUCACCUCUGGGGCUGUUUCUGGGACUGUGGCUGCAGUGCUGACGCUGCCCUUUGAUGUGGUGAAGACCCAGCGGCAGAUUGAGCUGGGAGAUGCAGAGAAGCUCAGAGUGGCUGCCUCCAAGUCCUCCUCCACCUUUCUGCUUAUGAGGAGGAUUCAAGCUGAGUCUGGUAUCCGUGGGCUUUUUGCAGGCUUCCUGCCCCGUGUCGUCAAAGUGGCUCCUGCCUGCGCCAUAAUGAUCAGCACGUAUGAGUUUGGCAAGACCUUCUUCCAGAAGCUGAACCAGGAGCAGCAGCUCAGCAGCCUGUGAGCACCCAGGCUGAGGCAGCACCUGGGCACAGCCCCCAUGGCACAACCUCUCAACAGCCUGCUCUGUGCUGUGGGGGCAGGCACAGUGGCCUGUGCCUCUCUGAGGCAGGAGGGGGCGUACCUUGAGGGCCAGCAGGUGGGAAGGCACAGCAUAGAUGGGGCUGCUGGCUCCUGGGCCUUUCAGUUCCUCUUGGUUGUUGCUAGGGGUAGUUCUCUCUCACUGCAUAGUGCCUGGUGUGACCUCCCUCCCAGCCAGGACUCCCCAUCCCAGGCACUCUGCACUGGGAUAUGUCAAGUCCAAGUGCCUUUUGGCCUCAUUCUGCCCUCAUGCUUUGCUUGAGAGGUUUUCCUCUUUGCCUCCCUUGGGGGUGGGCUGGAGGCCAUGUACUAGCAGUAUAGGGCACUUGAUGUUUUCCAGGCCUAGAGCCGGUAAGAUUGCCAUUUGCCUCUGGCAUAUACCUUUCUGCCCUGCCUGUCCCCUCCCCUUGCCCUCACCUCCUCCUGGUUGGCCUGCAUGCUGGUUAGGCCACUUGAAGCUGCCUUCACUUGCUGUGAUAGCACAAGGCCAUCCUGCUCCAGCCAGCUCCACUUGUUGUGUCCCCUGGAUGGGGCAGGACAAAGCUGCUCUGGGAGAAGUGGACUCAUUAGCUGCUGAAAGCUGCCUCCCUGCCCAGCUGGGGGUGGCCUAACCACACAUGUUUUGGGCAGGGGCUCCUUCCUGGCAGGGCAUGGACUGCUGCCAGGGUUGCCUGCUUUGCCAUGGACCAAGGGCCUUUUGUGUACAAAGACUUUAAAGCAACAAGGGCAUAGCAGCCAGGAGAUGGCUAUGCCUGUGACUCAUGGGAUCUGUAUCAAACACUGGGUUUGGCCCUCACCUUGGGAUGAAACCCAUUUCAUGUCCUGUACGCACAGCCCCUUUCCCUAUCUUCACUCUACGCUUGCUUCUGUUGCUGCCCCAUCCUUCCAGGAUGGAAACAUCACAUUACACGUGACAGCCCCCUCCUGGGCUCCAGGCCAGUCUCCUCUGCACGUAACACAACAGCUUCUUCCACUCAGGAUUUCCUCAACCCUGUCUGCCCCACUGCUGUAUAGGGGACUGCUGUAAUGGAUACUACAGGUGUGGUACGCCUAAGAAUAAUAGACCUCAGCCCACCCUGGAACAGCUCUAGGGCCGGUAGCUGGACUAGUAGCCACUUUCCUUCCCACUGCUCAUGCCUGGCGUGCAGGGGCACUUGGAGGGUGGGGGAGUUUGCUCUUAUUUUCUUAAAUAAAUUUUUAUUUGGGAUUUAGAA